AUGCAGUCUCUCCGCUCCUCCCCCUCUCCUGCUCAUGUUGUGUCUCCGGUUCCUGAGCUCCCGGAGCGGCCCGGACCCCCCUCACCCAGCCCCCCCCAGGGGCCCCCGAGGGACCUCGGGGCUCCCCGCAACCCUCGUCCUCACGGGGGAGACCCAAAGACCCCGGACCCAGUGGAACAGUCCCCUGAGAGAGGAAGAGACACCCCUAGCAGCGACACAAACCCUAACAUCAGAGACUCCCCAGAUUCAGACAGAGACCCCCUGGGCACAAGCAGAGGACCCCACAUCAGAGAACCCCCGAUCGGAGACAGUGGACACAGAGCCCCCUCCUCCACUGGCACAGAAUCCCCGAUCAGAGACAGAAACCCUGACACGGGAGGCACAGACGCCCCGACCACAAACUCUCCUAGCACCGAAACCCCCAGCUCCUCCAGAAACCCCUCCAUUGGAGACAGAGAUCACAGCAUCCGAGACAGAGACCCCCACGGCCGGCGGAUGGAAGAGACAGCGGGGAACGCGGUGAUCAUCAGGAUCGGUAUCCCGGACCUGCAGCAGACGAAGUGCCUCCGGUUGAAUCCUGAUGCCCCAGUUUGGGUAUCCAAGCAGCGCAUUCUAUGUACUCUUAACCACAGUCUAAAGGAUGUGUUGAAUUAUGGACUCUUCCAGCCAGCAUUUAACGGGAGGGCUGGUAAAUUCCUUGACGAAGAGAGGCUGCUACGAGAAUAUCCACCUUCUCUGGCCACACCUGUACCAUACCUGGAGUUUCGAUAUAAGAGAAGAGUUUACACCCAGACUCUGCUGGAUGACAAGCAGUUUGCCAAGCUUCACACCAAGGGGAAUUUGAAGAAGUUCAUGGAGUAUGUUCAACUUCAGAACCUUGAGAAGGUGUCUCGGCUGCUGGAGAGAGGUCUAGAUCCCAAUUACCAGGACCCAGACACAGGGGAGUGCCCUCUGACACUUGCUGCACAGUUGGAAGGGGGUGCAGAACUGGUAAAAAUUCUGCGCAGUGGGGGAGCACACCUCGAUUUCAGAACCCGCGAGGGACUAACGGCUCUGCACAAAGCGGUCCGAUACCGCAACCAUGCCGUACUCAUGACCCUCUUAGAUUUGGGUGCAUCGCCUGAUUAUAAGGACAGCCGUGGUCUGACCCCACUUUAUCACAGCGCCAUGGUUGGGGGUGAUCCAUACUGUUGUGAGCUGCUGCUCCGAGACUAUGCCAGCCUGGGGUGUGAAGAUGAAAAUGGCUGGCAGGAGAUCCACCAGGCUUGCCGGUAUGGUCAUGUUCAACAUUUGGAGCAUCUUCUGUUUUAUGGAGCUGACAUGAGAGCACAGAACGCUUCAGGGAACAGCGCUUUGCACCUGUGUGCACUUUACAACCAGGAGAGCUGUGCUCGGGUUCUUCUCUUCCGUGGGGCAAGUAAAGAGAUUCGGAACUUCAACAACCAGACUGCAUUCCAGGUUGCUAUUAUCGCAGGAAAUUUUGAACUUGCUGAAAUCAUCAAAACUCACAAAGAAUCUGACAUUGUGCCUUUUCGUGAGACCCCAAGUUACACAAAACGAAGACGUGUUGUGAGCUGUGUGGGUCUCUCAUCUCCUCGCUUCCUACAACGCUCCGCCAGUGACAACAACCUCAAUUCAGAUGGAGCGCAUUACUCUCCAGUGCCCUCACUCCGCGGCCUACCCCCACAGUUGCUCUCCCAGGGCCCUGAAGUCUCCGGUGGUGCAGCAGUGGGGGAUAGCAGUCUUGCGAGCACUGCCAGUUCCCGCAGCACACACAGCCGUUCCCCAUCACUGCACCGUGCCAGAGAAGAGAGGGAUGCUGACAGUCACACUCUGCGUAGGGGACGAGGGAAAAGCAGCCCUGGACCCCUGGAUAUGAGGAGCACCGGUCCUCGGGGGCCCAAAAGGAAACUGUACAGCGCUGUCCCGGGGAGAACGUUUAUAGCUGUGAAAUCAUAUGAACCCCAAGGACCUGGAGAGAUCCAACUCAACAGAGGGGAGAGAGUGAAGGUGCUGAGCAUCGGUGAAGGAGGAUUUUGGGAGGGAUCCGUGAAGGGCCGGAGUGGAUGGUUUCCUGCAGACUGUGUAGAGGAAGUGCAGAUGAGACAGCCUGACCCAAGGCAAGAAACACGUGAAGACAGAACGAAGCGUCUCUUCAGACAUUACACAGUCGGAUCGUAUGACUCCUUCACCUCCCACAGUGAUUAUGUCAUCCAGGAGAAGGUUGCAAGGCUGCAGAAGAGAGAACUAGAGGGUUUCGGCUUUGUUCUGCGAGGAGCUAAAGCAGAGACACCAAUUGAGGAGUUUACACCCACGCCUGCCUUCCCUGCUUUGCAGUAUCUGGAGUCUGUGGAUGUGGAUGGUGUGGCCUGGAGGGCAGGUCUUAGGACUGGAGAUUUCUUGAUAGAGGUGAAUGGAGUAAACGUGGUUAAGGUUGGACAUAAGCAAGUGGUAUCUCUGAUCCGUCAGGGUGGUAGCCACCUGACCAUGAAAGUCGUGUCUGUGAGUCGCAAACCUGAGAGCGAAGAAGCCAUGCGCAGAAGGGCUCCCCCACCUCCGAAGAGAGCACCCAGUACCACACUCACCCUGCGAUCUAAGUCCAUGACAGCUGAGCUAGAAGAGCUGGAACGGCUGGAUGAGAUUUUGGUGGCCUCAGAUCCUUCCCUGAGACCAGAGAUUGCAGAGGCUGAUUCCAGGGCUGCUACUGUUAAACAGAGACCUACGAGCCGACGCAUCACUCCUGCCGAAAUCAGUUCAUUGUUAGAAAGACAGGGAAUUCCUCAACGUUCAAUAUCCCAUAUCCCCUCGGAAAAAACUCAUGUUUCCCUGCAUCAUGGAAUGUCCCGAACAAAGUCUGUGGGUGAAGAUGAGAAGUUUUCAGACUCCUUUCUCGAUGGGCGUUUCCCACGCAGCACCUCCAUGCAGGAUUCAUUAAGAGAAGGACCUGGGAUACCACCACCCCCUCAAAAGGCUGCUCCCCCACCACCUUCACCCUAUUAUUUUGAUACUGGGCCACCCCCAGCUUUCUCCCCACCCCCUCCUCCUGGCAGAGGGUAUGAUACUGUUCAUUCCAGCUUUAAACCAGGUUUUGAAGCCAGGCUUCACGGGCUUCCACAUGGAAUGGGAUCUGCAGAGCUACUAAGCAUGGAUCGUGCCCUUCCUCCUCCUGAUCGUCAAAAACGUGCUCGGUCCAUGAUCAUCCUUCAGGAUACCUCCCAUCUCCCUGUGGAACCUACAAGUAUUCCUCGACCUGGCCCAUCUCCUACCCCUCCAGAAAAACUGAAAAGAAGAAGUCGGGCUGUGGAUAAUCCUUAUGCUAACAUGGGCCUCUUUGCACCAAUGAAGCCUCAGCGCAAAAAGAGUCCCCUUGUGAAGCAGCUUCAAGUAGAAGAUGCCCAGGAACGAGCAGCAUUAGCCAUGGCAGGAGGAUUUUCACGAGAUCCCUCACCAUCUCGUCGCAGCCCAAGACAGAGCAUGAUAAAUUUAGGAACUGCUCACCAUGAACCCCUUGGUAGCCCUUUUGCAACUGCACUGGCUGGUGUAAUGAAGGAACGUGAGCGACGGCUGGAUGAGAAGCGUAAAUCCACAGUCUUCCUCUCGGUCGGAGCAUUGGAGGGCACACCUCCUUCCCCAGAUCUCCCCUCUUUGCAACCUUCACGUUCUGUUGAUGAGCGAUUGUUGGGUAGUCGUGAUGUUCUCCUACCAUCCCCAGGUUCUUCACUCAAGUCUCUCAUGUACAGUAGCGCACAUUCCACCUUUAUUCACCCUUUGACUGGCAAGCCCCUUGAUCCCAACUCUCCCCUUGCACUUGCGCUGGCCGCAAGGGAGCGUGCACUUUCUGCCCAGGCACCCUCUCCCCCUCCUCCAAGGACACCUACUCCUGUGAGGAGCCCAGAGUCAGACAGAGCUCCUCCACUCUUCCUGGAAAUUCAAACCAAAGAGGGGGAGAUGGGAAUGGCGUUGGAAGGAUCUGCAUCUCCAAUUUACAGCCCUUCAGGGGCUCCUGUGAAAAGCCACUGGGGAACCCCACUAAGGAGGGAAGGGGAGGGUAGAGCAGAGAAAAGUCCAGAGAGACCAGAAAGCAAGGUAGAAGAGAGGAAACCUAUGAUCCUAAGCAUAGUAGACACCUCUCAACAGAAGACAGCAGGGCUCAUAAUGGUUCAUGCUACCAGCAAUGGGACCGAUGAUAAAGAACAGGAACCACCACCUGCUACUGACCAGAAACAGGCUGCACAACCCGCUGAUACAGAAGAGAAGGCCCCUUCGAGUUCCUCUUCUGACAAGACGCUUGGACAAGGAAGCUCAGAGGAGGAAGUAGAUCCUUUUGGAGGCAAUUUGCCACCUGCCAUGCUGUCCUCCAGUGAUGAGGAAACCAGAGAAGAGCUGGCUAAAAUUGGACUGUUGCCUCCCCCCGAUGCUUUUGCCAAUGGAGUUCUGGUCACCAAACCUGGCACCCCCAUCAGCCAACUGACUCGGCCUGGUACUUUGGCUGUGCCACCUGCCAAGCAAACCAGCAGUCUGUCACCCUCAGGGAAGCCCUCUGAUGCUCCAAUCCCCCACCCAGAGUCAGCUACAGAUUCAGGUGUGGAAGAAGUAGACACGAGGAGCUCGAGUGACCACCAUCUGGAGACCACGAGCACCAUUUCUACUGUGUCCAGCAUGUCCACUCUAUCCUCAGAGAGUGGGGAGCCAACUGACACCUACACCUCGUACGCCGACGGUCAAACUUUUAUACUCGAGAAGCCACCUGUGCCUCCAAAGCCCAAACUCAAGUCUCAACUGAUGAAGGGCACCGUGACUUUCAGGGACCCCCUGCUCAAGCAGUCCUCGGACAGUGAGCUCAUUGCCCAGCAGCAACUUGCAGCUGGCCGUCCGCGCUACCUCUUUCAGAGAAGAUCCAAGCUGUGGGGAGAUCCGGUGGAGAGCCGGCCCCUUUCCCAUGGGGGCCCUGUGGAGAUAGAAAAACCGUCAGUGAUAGGGGAAAUCAGUUCCCGACUCCAGCUACUGAACAAAGACACUCGCUCAUUGGGAGAGGAGCCAUCAAUACCAGGAUUGGACCCUGGAAAGAAAUCACCAGUGGUGGCUGCUCGCUUGUUCAGCAGUCUCGGAGAGCUGCACACUAUUUCCCAACGCAGCUAUGGAGCAUCCUACACCGUGCGCCCCGGGAGCCGACACCCCCUGACCCGAAGGGCACCUAGCCCUGUUCCUUCCACUUCUGAGAGGGUGGAUCCCCUUGGAGGGGCACGCUCUUAUACUCUCACUCCCCCCACAAUCCUGAAGUCCUCCAGUCUCUCAGUUCCUCAUGAGCCCAAGGAAGUGCGCUUUGUGGUACGGAGUGUCAGUGCCCGGAGCCGCUCACCCUCCCCUUCCUCUGGGCAUCCAAUGCACACGUCUCGCCCAUUCCUGCAGAAGCCCCUUUCGCUCUGGAAUAAGUAUGAUGUAGGUGACUGGCUGGAGAGUUUGAACCUAUCUGAGCACCGACUAAAGUUCCAGGACAACGAAAUAGAGGGCUCUCAUUUACCAGCACUCACCAAGGAUGAUUUUGUAGAGCUGGGGGUUACUCGUGUGGGCCAUCGCAUGAACAUCGAGCGUGCCCUUCGCCAGCUGAGCACCAGCUGACCCGGCCAGGAGCUGCGGUCCCAUCCUCUGGGAGGGCAACUCCGCACCGCUGCGGGGGGAGGAAUCACUUUACACACACACCAGGACAAACACUGCAUUAAGCAUACAGAAUGUGAAGACUCAUAUUGCCCUGAACAUCCAGGGCAAACUCAUUGCCUUACAGAAACUCAAAGCCCUGAUAACGCAAGCAGGGAGACACAUUGUGGUUCACACACCCAUACUGUUACUAUAACAUGUGCAAGUGUGAUCACACUCAGCCUGUCCCAUGCAGAUACUCUCACUUUGACUCACACUGAUACUCAAACACUGACACACUCAGUAACUGAUGCGUAAUGGCUAAUAUCACACACAAAUACACAUUUGCACUGCAGCUUUACAUCAGAUCUACUCCUCUCCUUGCGUGGUGCAGUGGGGCCCAGUAAUUGAUCCCACUUCUCUCUCUCUAUGCCAUGCAGGGGAGUUGGGAUCAGUCACAGGGUCCCAGGCCAGGCCACUGUGUGUUAAUGCCAAUUUUUUAAAUCUUUGGAACAAAGAGAUCACAGUCAGAGAACGAUAUCAGCCUGCAGGGGAACGGGGUUGAGCUGCAAUCCUCCCAUACCAAGAUCUGACAAGUCCUGGAGAGAAAUCCAUGGAUUGGGCUGGAAGAGGCCGCAGGUUCCAGCCACCGCCACUGUGGGACGCUUUUUAUGCAUCUUUUUAAUUAGCUAUAUAUUUGAAAGAAAAAAUGACUUUACCUAUAUAUCUCAUAUAUAUAUAUCUAUAUAUAUCUAUAUACACAAAACCCUCUCACUGGACUUUUUAUAUACAGCAGAUCUGGGGAUGUACUGAGGUCUCUGAGAGUCCCGCUCUGCCUCAUCCAGGGGUUGGGAAGUUCUUUAUGUUUUUCUGUUUUUUUUUCUGUUUUUGUUCUUAAUUAUAGGUUAUAAGUGUUCUUACAAUAAACCCCUCACCAUGCCACCAGCAUUAUUUAGAAUGGGACAUACAUUUUUUUUCAUUUGGGUUACACCUUACAGGGGUCACCUUUUCCUUUUUGUAAUUUUAAAGAGUCUCAAUUAUUUAAUAUUUAUCUGCACAUAAUGAAUUAAAACUGAGACAUUCAUGUUACAAAGUGGGAGCUUUGUCUACUCAUCCUGGGAUACGUUUGCUUGGUUUCAUGGUAUUUUUAACAUAUGGGGUUUCCGUUUCUACUAAUGGUGAGGUGGGCUUUUCUAGAUAAAUUUGGUUAAAUCAGUCUUGUGGGUUGGACAGUUCAGUUUCUUGAAAUUAUAUUUGGAUAUAUGGUUUUAGUUUAAUUUGUAAGUAAUGCUGAAAUGUUCCAG